AUGUCGCGCUGCCUCGCGCUUCAGAAGCCCUACUCGCGCGUACCGCUCAACCCGCUGACACCCGCGCGCGCCGCGAAGUCGCGACUCGUCCCGCGCGCUCUCGAGGGAGCGGUGAUUGCGGAGGAAGGCGAGAGCUUGAACGGCGGCGUCGCCUCGUUCGACGCGGAAGAAGCGGCGGGAAACGGCGCAGCGGCGAUGGCGGAAGGCGAAGACGUGUGGGAGAGGGAACCCGAGGGACGCGGAGUUUCCGGGCAGAUUGUGGGAGUUUUGGGCGGCGGGCAGCUGGGUCGAAUGUUAUGUGAGGCGGCGUCGCCUUUAGGGAUCAAGGUCGCGGUGCUCGACCCGCUGCCAGACGCGCCGGCUCGUCCAGUGGCGUUCCGCCACGUGGUAGGAAGCUUCCAGGACAUGGACACCGUGCGAGAAUUCGCGAAGAAGAGCGACGUGGUGACGGUGGAGAUAGAGCACGUGAACGUGGACGCGCUACAGCACUUGGAGGACGACGAUUGCAUCGACAUCGAGCCCAAGCCUUCCACCAUCGGGGUCAUCCAGGACAAGUACCUGCAGAAGGUUCACUUCAGGAAUCGCGGUGUGCCCCUCCCAGACUUCGUGACGAUACCGGACAUGGCGGCAGCAGAGGCGGCAGGGGAGGCAUUCUCCUACCCCUUCAUGCUCAAGAGUCGCAAGAACGCAUAUGAUGGACGUGGAAACGCUGUCGUGAACUCACAACAAGACAUCGAGCAAGCCGUAGCAGACUUGGGGGGCUUUGAGCGAGGUCUGUAUGCUGAGAAGUGGGCACCAUUCACCAAGGAGUUGGCAGUGAUGGUGGCGAGGGGGCGAGACGGGGAGAUCAAGAGCUUUCCUGUUGUCGAGACAACCCACCGAGACAACAUCUGCAACACGGUGCUCGUGCCGGCCGGCGUGCCGCCCGCAGUGCAGCAGCAGGCGCUGCGAGUGGCCGAGCUGGCGGUCGGCUCGCUCGCCGGGGCGGGCGUUUUCGGCGUGGAGCUGUUCCUGAUGGACGGCGACUCCGUCUUACUCAACGAGGUGGCGCCCCGGCCGCACAACAGCGGGCACUACAGCAUAGAGGCGUGCCACGUGUCGCAGUACGAGCAGCACCUCAGGGCCGUGCUGGGGCUGCCUUUAGGGGAUCCGUCUUUGAAGGUCGGCGCUGCUGCUAUGAUCAACAUCCUGGGGGAAGCCGAUGGCGACGAGGGCUUUGAGAUAUCGCAGGCCAUUCUGAAGCAGGCGCUGGUGGUGCCGGGGGCAUCGAUCCACUGGUACGACAAGUCAGACAUGCGUGCCAAGCGCAAGAUGGGGCAUGUGACGGUGGUGGCGCCAACAGUGCAGCAGGCAGUGCGGCGAAUCAACGCCAUCGUGCCACAAGCCAUGGGGGAUGGCCGGACCGGGGAUGGGCAAGCCCCACAGGUGGCGAUCAUAAUGGGCAGUGACUCGGACCUACCGGUCAUGAAGGGGGCGGCGCAGAUCCUCGAAUUCUUCCAAGUGCCCUUCGAGCUAACCAUAGUGUCGGCCCAUCGCACGCCGGACCGCAUGUUCUCAUUCGCGCAGUCAGCACACACACGGGGCAUCCGAGUCAUCAUUGCUGGCGCCGGCGGUGCCGCCCACCUGCCAGGCAUGGUAGCAUCAAUGUCACCUCUCCCAGUGAUUGGCGUGCCAGUCAAGGGCUCGGCUCUGGGUGGCAUGGACUCUCUCCUCUCCAUCGUUCAGAUGCCACGUGGCAUCCCAGUGGCCACAGUGGCGAUCAACAACUCUGUCAACGCUGCUCUGCUGGCCGUGCGCAUGCUGGGAGCCUCCGAUCCUGCCCUCCUGGACCGCAUGGUGGCAUACCAGAAGGAUCUAGAGGGCAUGGUGUUGGAGAAGGCAGGGCAGCUGGAGACAGACGGGUGGGAGCAGUACCUCAACGUCCUCUCCUCCGACUAA